GUGGUUAAUGACUAUAAGGAUUUGCCAAGAUUCAAAAGAUCUACCAUCCAUAGGUUACUAAAAGAAAUGGAAUUUUGGUAUACAAAAAACAGAAAGAAACGGCUUAUUAUUAGAAAAAGACGCAAUAUUUUUCUGGAUAAGAGAAUAUCUAAGAAAAAUCAAGAAACUUCGUACAGAAGGUAG